AUGGAUCAAUAAGUCGAGAAGAAAUACAUUGCCGCAGAUAUCUUGAGAAAAAGAAAGAAAGAUAUCGAAAGAAUCUAACAUAAAGUUAAUACAAAGAUAUAGAGAAUCAAGGAAAGAAAUGCUAAGCCAACUGCCGAACAUUUAACACCCGAAUUCCUUGUCCAAAACUAUAGAGCCUAAUAAACUGCUUAUUCUAAUUUCAAGAAGAGAUCUUUGAAGAUUGCUAGAGACACUACUGAAGUAUAAAAAGAUAAAAUUGUUGUUGUUGUAAGAAUUAGAGGUGUUAAAGAUAUAUCUGCAGAAUAAACUAAAAUCUUAAGAUUGUUUAAGCUCCCUACCAUUAACAGUGCUACUUUUAUUAAGAUGAAUACUGCUAAUUUAAGAAGACUUAAAAGAGUUGAAAAUUAUGUCACUUAUGGAUACCCUUCUCGUAAGGUCAUUUCUGAAUUAAUCUAUAAGAGAGCUCAUGCUAAAAUUAAUGGAAAGAGAGUUCAUCUUGACAAUAAUAAAAAGGUUGAAGAUAACUUAGGAAAUUUAGGAAUUAUUUGUUUGGAAGAUUUAGUUAAUGAAAUUGUUGGUUUAGGUCCCAACUUCGAAGCAGUACAAAAAUUCUUAUGGUCAUUCAAAUUAACUACUAAAUCAGACGGAUGGGAUUAGAAAAAAAUAGUUAAGCCUUAUAAUAAUGGCGGUGAAUGGGGUAAUAGAGAAGAAAAGAUUAAUGAUCUCGUAUUAAGCAUGAUUUGA